AUGAGAUUAUUAAUUCCUGAUGAAAGGGAACAAUCACCUGGAGAAAUAAUUGGUUACGUUAUUGGAGUCCUUUACUUUUUUGGAAUGAUAUACUAUAUCUAUAGGAAACAUUUACUCAGUUUAUUUUAGAUGUUUAUGAAUUAUUUGGAUGUAAAGAUUUGUAAUUUAAUUAGGAUAAUGAAAACGAGGAACAAUAUAAAUCCAUCCUGUACAGUUGUUUAAACUCAAUUUAGUUUCUUAUCCUAUGCUUUUACUCAACCUUUAGUAGUGAAUCAGAUUUGGCUGUUUCUACAAUUAUUGGAUCAGAUGCCUUCAUGAUCUUUUUUGUUUUCUCUUACAUUCUUUAUAAGUAUCCUACUCAUUCUCAUGGAGUGCUAGAUGCAUGGAUAACAAUAAGAGAUGCAUUUUUUUAUAUUUUAUCACUCUUCGUUCUAUUCAUAUGUAUUUUACUAGAUUUUUUGAACAUUGGAACGGCAGUUAUCUUAUUGGUAGUGUACUUUGCAAAUAUUAUCUUCAUUUUUAAUAGUGAAAAUGUUAAGUCUAAGAUGAUGGAAUGGUUUGAUCUAACUGCUGAAGAUGAAGACUAUAGUUGUGAGUAGCAUUUAACUUAUGUAAAGAGAAGAAUAUCUAUCACUCAUUUAAAAGAUAAUAAUUACAUUUAAACUGAUGAUCCUGCUUUAAUAAAGAAGUUGGCUUUGAAUAAUAAAGCAAGUUCAUAAAAAAGUGGAAGUCGAAGGAUUAUUUUUUAAAAAUUAGUAUACAUUAUAAUAUUUGCCAUCAAAAACUAAAUCAAAUAAGAGAAACAAUUUAGAGUUGAAUAUUAUUAGAAUAUGUAUAAAGUAAGGAUUUCAUUAUAAAAAUAGCCUAAAUAAAGAGGACCUCCUUCAAAAAAAAGUAAGAUUGAACCUGCUUCUUCAGUUCCAGAAUCCCAUCAUUAAAAUAUCAAUGAGGAUAUUCCUUUAAUGGAAAAUAAUGACAUGGCUAUUGAACACUAAAAGGAUUAGGAGGGAGUCUAAGAGAAUGAUUAAGAAUAAGAACAAUAAUAAUAGUAAAUUUUGAAAUAAGUAAUAUUAGACAAGAAUAAGAUGAUGGAAAGCAAAAAUUAGCUCUUCCAAAAGGUGGACUAGAUAAAUUCCUUUUUAUUCUGUUCUUCCCUGCCCAUCUCAUAUGUCAUUUCAUUCCAACACCUAAAGAUGACGCUGAUUAUGUCAACAUCAUAUUAGAAUUAUUAAUAUCAUUAGCAAUAGUAACAGGUUUAUACUUUUUAAUUGAUUGGUGGAUUUUUGAAAUUUUUGAUGGAACAGGUAUUCCAAUUCAAGUUUUGGGAUUUAUAUUUCUUGGUGUUUUGGUUUCAACAUAACUUGCAUACCAUUAAAUUGAUAUCGCAAAGGAAGAGUUGUAAUUGAAGUUUACCUAAGCGUUCUUUUAGACUGCUAUAUGUAAAUCAUCACUUUGUAUGGGAAUCACUUGGGGUAUUCAAUCUUUGAUUAAUAUUGAUACUGGAUUAGUGAGAAGGAGCAAUAAACACUCAAAGACUUUUGCAAUAUGUAUAAUAAUAGUUUGUGGACUUGUUGCAUUUUUAUUAUUUUAAUGCUGGCUAAAAAGAUUUAUCUUAGCCAAGUCAGAAGCUUAGAAAUAUAUGGUUGUAUACUGUCUCUUAUUGAUAAUAAUAGCAGUCAUUGUCCCUUUAGAUGUAAUUAAAUGA